AUGGAUGCCACUAGCAAGCCUCACAACAUCCCUCCGGUGAUGGCACUCUAUGCUGAGAAGCACAACAUUUUCCAGCUCAUGCAGAGCUUGAUGGAAGCUCUCCUUGUGUACCAGCCUGAGGAUCCCAUUGACUUCAUGAUUGCACACCUGAUGAAAAACAAUGACGAGGUGCCCAGGAUCUUUGUGCUGGGGCCACCAGCCUCUGGGAAGACAACCAUUGCCCGCUGGAUCUGCAAGCACCUGAGUGCUACUUACCUUUGCCCCCAGGAGCUUGUGCAAAGCAUGUUGCUCAGGAGGGCCAGGGAGGCCAUGGCCUCUGAGUCAGAAGAUGAGAAGAUCCCCAAUGAGCUGUGGGUUGCCCUCCUGGAGGAGCGCCUGAACGACAUGGACUGUGUCAAGCUGGGGUGGGUGUUGGAUGGAUUUCCUGAGACAAGGAAGCAGGCCCUUUUGCUGCAGUCUGUGGGCAUUGCCCCCCGUCACGUGGUGGUCCUCUACGCGCCGGACACCGUGUUGGUGGAGAGGAACCUUGGCAAACUACUGGACCCACUCACCCUAGAAGUGUACCACACCACCUUUGACUGGCCAAUAGACUUCACUGUCCAAAAGCGCUUGGUGAGGCCAGAAGGCAUCUCUGAGCAAGCCACGGCCAAGCGCCUCCUUGAAAGUCAUCGCAACAUCCCUGGCAUCAUCCAGACUUACCAGGAGAGCCACAAGGCUAUCAAUGCUGACCAGCCGUGUGUGGAUGUCUUUGCCCAAGCCUUGAAUUUCGUGCUGAGCUGUCCUUGCUCAGACGCCCCCUUCACCCCUCGAGUCUUGCUCCUGGGCCCUCCCGGCUGUGGCAAAAACUUGCAGGCAGCUCUCUUGGCCCAGAAAUAUGGGAUAGUCAACGUCUUCUUUGGGGACUUGCUGCGGGAGAAGGUGGCUGCAAACACAGCAGUGGGUGACCUCAUCAAGCCUUUCUUUGAGAGUGGCUACCCAGUGAGUGACAGCAUCGCCCUGAGCGUCCUCAAGAACCGGCUGGCCCAGAAGGAUUGCCUGACCUAUGGCUGGGUGCUCCAUGGCUUCCCUCAUGAUGUAGACCAAGCGGACCUUUUCAAGCACAUGGGCUUUGAGCCCAACCGGGUCUUCUUCCUCAACUUGCCCACCGAGGUGGCCAUGCAGCGCAUCUCCCAACGUGCCACAGACCCUGUCUCGGGAGAGAGGUACCACACCAUCUUCAAGCCGCCAACAGAGGAGGAGGUGCACCGACGCCUGCGCCGCAACCCCAAAGACGCACCUCGCAAAGUGGAAACAAAGGCAGAUUUCUACAGCCGCCAAGUGACCGGCCUGGAGGAGUAUUAUGAGGAUGGCAUCUUCCUGAAUGCUGACCAAGACCCCUACACCAUCUUCGAGUACAUUGAGAGCUGCCUGGUCAAGCCACUGCCCGUCAUGAGAGCCUGAGCCACAAGGGAUGACGGUGGCCCUGCAACACCACGCAUGGGCCGUGAGGCUGCUUCCCCCAACAGAACAAUGCUAAAGGAGGCUGGGGGGAGAGAGGCCGGGGAAGGGGGAAGAGGUCAGGAUAGGUGUAGAGU